AUGGCGAAGUUGCGCAAAUGCCUGGGCUGUGUAUGCGAAGGGAAUGCCCCACUGCAUGAAGGCAAAGAGGUCCGCUUCUCCUUUACUAAGGACACAGAGUUUAUCUACACUGAAGCCAGCGGGUUGACUGAACUGCAACUUAAGGGUCUGGCUGAUAGGAAGGAGAACUGGACAAACAUUGAUGAUAUCAAUCGGGUGUUUUGCUGCAAACGGACUGACCUAUCAGACUACGUCCAGGGACAUUGGAAGGAGGAUGCAUUUUUUGCCUACCAGUAUCUAAAUGGUCUCAACCCCAUGUUGAUCCGACGUUGUUCAUCUCUGCCCCAUAACUUUCCUGUCACUGACGACAUGGUCUUCCGUCAUGGUCAGGGUAGCUUGAGAAAUGAAAUGGAGAACGGCAACAUAUUCCUGUGUGACUACAAGCUUUUGGAUGGAGUGAAAGCCAACACCAUCAAUGGGAAAAAGCAGUACUUGAUGGCUCCCCUCAUCCUACUCCACAAAACACCUGAUGAUAAACUGAUGCCAAUUGCUAUUCAGUAUGACUAUGAUGCCUGGAUGCCCAACACUCCCAUCUCUCUGCAACUUCCUCCACCAACCACAAAGGGGAAAACCAGCGAGGCCACGAUGCUGCAGACAUUCCCUGACAUCAACGCAACAGUUCAGGGAAUGGCCACCAUGUGGCUACUCAGCAAGCAGUCGUCUGACUUCGUCCCUCUUGGCCAAUACCCAGAGGACCAUUUCAUUGAGAAGAUUCCCUGCAAGCUGAUAAAGGCUUUUCAAGGAGAGCUUGAAGUGUUAAGUGCGGACAUCAAAGCCAGAAACGAGAGGCUGGAGGUCCCAUACACAUACAUGGAUCCAAAGAAAAUAGAAAACAGCGUGGCCAUUUAAAUAUAGGAAGGUGUGACCUCCUCAGCUGUUGGC